CGCUGGCCAUGCAGCACAUGGACCUGAAGCAGGUGGAGCUGGACUCGGCCGUGGCCAGGGUGGACGAACUCUCUCGCCAGCUCGAAUCGCUCUGGACCGACGGCCCGGACCCCCCCCCAAAGAGCGGGGCAGCCCCGGCAGGAGCCGCUCGGGGCCGGCGGAGCCUCCUGGGGGAGGCGCUGGAAUUGGGGGGGGGUCUCGGCGACCCCCUGGGGCGCCCCGGCUCCCCGAGACCCCCGCCCCAUUUCCUGGGGGGGGGGGGGGGAGGAGCGCUCCCCCUCCCCCCGGCCCAAGGUGCUGGCGGUGCCCAGCCCGGGGGGGGGCAGAGCCCCCUCCCCCUCCCCACGGCCCCCCCGAAGCUUCGAGAUCGCCCCUGGGGGGGCUCGGGGGGUCCCCCCCGGGGGGGGGGAGGGGCCGUUCCUGGCCGAGAGACCCCCGGCCCCCCCCCCCGUACGAGGUGCAGGGGCUGUACCCGAGCCUGAGCGGCCCCCCCGGCACCUUCCGGCCACAGGACGACCCCAGCCUCAAACGGAGACCCCCCAAAGUCUGGAACGAGUCCGACCUGGACGUGAGCUACGAGAAAAAACCGGGGGGCUUCGAGCGGAGCCCCGAGGGACAGGCGAGGCUCUGGAGGGAAUCCAGCCUGGAUUCUCCUGCCAAGGCCCACAGCUCCACCCUGCCCCGCAAUUACAAGCUCUCCUCCCCGGAGCGCCGCCAGGACGGGGGUCCCGGGGUGGCCCCCGGGGUCGCCCCCGGCGUUUUCCGCUCGCCCCCCGGCGGCUCCCGGAGCCUCCCCCGGGGGUGGCACCCGCCGGUCUCGCGGGUCCCGGUGCCCCCCCCGCCCCUCCCCCGCCGCAAGCCCCUCCCCCUCUCGGUCAUUUUCCGCCUCCAGAGCGCGGUCUGGGAGCAGGGGGGGGGAGGGGCGCGGGGGGGGGGAGGACCCUGCCCCUCCCCCACCCACGGGGGGGGCAGGGGGGGACCCCAAAAGGGGCCGGCGGCGACCCCCGCCCAGGGAGGGGCGGCGGGGGGGGAAGCCCCUCCCCGCUCCGCUCCCCCGGACGAGCCGGACCUGGAGCGGCUCCUGCGCUGCUCGGAGCCCGAGGGACCCCCGGAGGGACCCCCGGAGGGACCCCCGGAGUGUCCCCAGGAGGGUCCCCAGGAGGGACCCCCCGAUUGUCCCCCCGAGGGUCCCCCCGAGGGUCCCCCCGAGGUUCCCCCGGCGCGGCCGCUCAGCCCGACCCGGCUGCAGCCGCUGCUGCCCCCGGGGGCCCGGGGGGUCCCGGAGCUUCAGGAGCUCCGGAGGGUCCUGGCGGAGAUGCCGCGACCCCUCAAGCGCCGGGGCUCGAUGGAGCAGAGCCCCGGGCCCGCGGCGGCGGCUCCCAACCGGGCCCGCCAGUACCGGCAGCUGAUCCCGCGCCUCCUGCACCGGCCCGGGGCUCCCGGGACCGACAGCGGCACCGCCGAGGGGGCGGCACCGGCACCGGCACCGGCCCUGGAGAGCGCCGGGACAGCCCCGGUGACAGCGGCGGGGACGGGACAGGUGACGGAGCUGCGCUCGGCCCUGCGGGACCCCUCCUCCCCUCGGCGCCGCCCCGGGGCUCGGGUGCGGCUGAACCCGCUGGUGCUGCUGCUGGACGCCGCCCUCACCGGGGAGCUGGACGUGGUGCAGCAGGCGGUGGCACAGCUGAAUGACCCGAGCCAGCCCAACGACGAGGGCAUCACGGCGCUGCACAACGCCAUCUGCGGCAGCAACUACGGAAUCGUGGAGUUCCUGAUCGCCAGCGGGGCCAACGUCAACUCCCCCGACAGCCACGGAUGGACCCCCCUGCACUGCGCAGCGUCCUGUAACGACACCGGCGUCUGCGUCGCCCUCGUCCGUCACGGCGCCGCCAUCUUCGCCACCACGGGCAGCGACGGCAGCUUGGCCGUGGAGAAAUGCGACCCGUACCGGGAGGGGUACGCUGACUGCUCCAGUUACCUUACUGAGGUGGAGCAGGGGAUGGGGGUGCUGAACAGCGGCGUGGUGUACGCGCUCUGGGAUUACAGCGCCGAGUUUGGGGACGAGCUCUCGUUCCGGGAGGGGGAGCCGGUGACGGUUCUGCGCCGGGAGCCCCCCGAGGAGCUGGAGUGGUGGUGGGGGUCCCUGUACGGCCACGAGGGAUACGUGCCCAGGAACUACUUUGGGCUCUUCCCGAGGGUUCGGCCGCAGCGGAAGAAAAUCUGAGGGGGGGGAGGGGCCUGGACCCCUCCCCAAAUUCAGCCCCUCCCCCC